AUGAAGAGAAGCAAUACAGUGUCCACAGACACAGGGAAUAAAUCACAUAAGAAAGCCAAACAAGGUAGUAAUGACAAAGAGAAUACAGUUGUGGGAAACACAACACAAAAAUCAUCUGUCACAGAUGUUUCACCUACACCAAGUAUCCAAAAUCCUUUUAGGGUGCCUUUACAGAAUGUAACCAAUCAAAGGGCAAGAGUUGUAAGAAAGGAAAUACUGGAUAACAAAAGAACCAUAGGCCUUACUACCUCAAAUAGAGGCCCCUAUAUUGAAACACAAAGUUCACCUAGCAGUGCAAAUUUCAGUGUUUCUGGAAACGUCUCACACCCUGCGAGUAAUGGCAUAAGUAGAACUGGGAACCAAGAAGGUAUUCAACGGAGUAGCAACAUUUCAGCCAGGAUACGAAAGACUCUUGGAUCACCUCCAUCGGUGAAUUCAAAGACCAGACAAACGAAAGGAAGACAAGGUUCAAAUAUGAUAGGACAAUCAAAUCCGACUUUUCCAAAUACUGAAGAUAAUCAAAAUCGUAGACAGCAAACGAAUACAAAUGAAUUCGUACCUCCACCAAGGUUCAUUGUCGAGGACCAUCCUGAAGCUUACAAUAAUCGAUAUGAAAUGGACAGUGAGUCUGAAAGUGAACAUGAAGAUGACGAGAAUCAAACUUACACUAACUAUCAAGCUGGAGAGUCUUUGAUAAACCCAUCGCCACAACAUAUCCCACAAGAAACGAAUCAAACAGUUACACCGCCUAUUAUCAUCGGGAUACAAGAAAACGGUUAUUACGACGAUGGAGAUCCGGUUUGGAAUUGUAAGUAUUGUCAAGCAUAUAUGUGGUUUGGUGAAAGAAUUGGAAAACGCCGUCGUAGUUCCAAUCCUGUCUUCACAAUGUGUUGUAAAAGUGGUAAAGUUGUGCUUCCUCGGCUCGCGAAUCCCCCAAUGGAGUUAAUGUAUUUGUUAUGCAAAGGAGACGAGUUAAGCAAACAUUUUCGAGAGUUCAUACGAGCUUACAAUAUGAUGUUCUCUUUCACAUCUCUUGGGGGCAAGAUUGAUCAUUCUAUUAACAAUGGUCGUGGACCAUUUGUGUUCCGAAUGUCCGGUGAGAACUAUCAUCGUAUUGGUGAUAUAGUCCCCGGGCCUGGAGAAUCUCCCAAAUUUUCCCAGCUGUAUAUCAUUGAUACUUUGAAUGAGAUCAGAAAUAGACUUGACGCUUAUGCCGGGUCAGACAGAGCGGGUGCUAAGAAUUUAAGAGAAUCGGUUGUUCUUCUCCUGAAGAAUAUGUUAGAUCAGUGUAACCCUCAUGUUCAGGCUUUUAGGUCUGCAAGAGACAGAUUCGACGUGGAGGGAUCUACAGGUUAUAGGAUGAGGUUGAUUGAGAGUCGACAAUCUGAUGGACGGACCCAUAAUCUUCCGACUGCAAAUGAAGUAGCUGCUUUGAUACCUGGCGAUUUUGUUUUGAAUAUGGAACCUCGAGAUAUUGUUCUUGAGAGUACAAGUGGAAAGUUGCAAAGGAUAAGUGAACUACAUCCGGCGUAUUUGCCUCUGCAAUAUCCACUGUUGUUUCCAUAUGGAGAGGAUGGCUUUCGAUUAAAUAUUCCUAUUGGUUUUGAGGAGAGCACUGCGAGAAAACGCAAAAAUGUAACUAUGCGUGAGUAUUUUGCCUUUCGGAUUUUAGAGAGGAGGUGGGAAGCACCAACAAUUACAAGAUCAGGCAGAUUGUUUCAUCAGUUCCUUGUGGACGCCUACACAAUGAUAGAAUCGAGUAGACUGCGGUACUUGUGGUUGAAUCAGAAAAAGCUACGGUCUAGCAGUUACGAUGCAAUCCAGAAAGCAGCUGCUAAAGGUGGAGCUAAGAUGGCUGAGCAAGGGAGCCGGAUUUUUAUUCCAGCAACUUUCACCGGAGGAAAAAGGUAUAUGAAGCAGCACUACUAUGAUGCCAUGGCUAUGUGCAAGUACCAUGGAUUUCCAGAUAUUUUCAUCACUUUUACUUGCAAUCCAAAAUGGCCUGAAGUUACAAGGUAUCUGAAAAAAUAUAACCUGACCAGUGAAGACAGACCAGAAAUAUUGUGUAGAGUUUUCAAGAUAAAACUGGAUAAUCUUAUCGGUGAGUUGACAAAAAAGAACGGAUCCUUAUUUGGCCCUACUGCUGCAGUAAUGUACACGAUUGAGUUUCAGAAAAGAGGAAUGCCACACGCUCAUAUUCUUGUCUUCAUGGAAAAAGGAUCUAAAUUUCCAACAGCCGAUGAUAUAGAUAAGAUUAUUUCUGCGGAAAUACCCGACAAGACCGUAGAUCCAGACCUCUACGAAAUCGUUGGGGAAUGUAUGAUGCAUGGUCCUUGCGGUCCAGCAAAGAAGGAUAAUGUAUGUAUGGUCAACGGAAAAUGUUCUAAGAUGUUUCCGAAACGUCUCAACCCAACAACAACGAUUGACCCAAAUGGAUUUCCAGCGUACAUGCGUCGGAUUGAUGGUAGGUUCAUUGAGAAAAAUGGAAUCAGACUAGACAAUGGAUAUGUUGUACCAUACAACAGAGACCUCAUGCUCCGAUAUCGCGCGCAUAUGAAUGUCGAGUGGUGCGUCCAAACACGAGCUGUUAAGUAUCUUUUCAAAUAUAUUCAUAAGGGACCUGAUUAUGCCUCAGCUGCAAUGGAUAUGGAAGAUGAAGAUGGUGUCAUUGACGAAAUUAAAACAUAUUAUGACUGCAGAUAUAUUACGGCAUGCGAGUCUUCAUGGCGAAUUCUUGCUUUUCCUACACAUUUCCGUACUACUGCUGUAGAGAAACUUGGAUUUCAUCUUCCCGAUCAGGAGCUGGUGUUUUUUGAUGAAGAUGAACCUAUUGAGAGUAUUCUCAACAAAAAGACGGUCAACCAAUCCAUGUUUUUGGCCUGGUUUAUAGCAAACAGAAAAUAUCCAGAGGCUAGAGAGUUGACAUAUGCUGAAUUUCCAACUAAAUUUGUGUGGAAAUCAUCUACGAAAGAAUGGGUACCACGGAAACGAAGCUUUGCGAUAGGGAGGAUUGCGCAUAUUGAUCCAUCAGAUGCUUGCUUUGCGUUAGGAUUGAUGGAUGAUGACAAGGAAUUCAUUGAAGCUAUCAAAGAGGCUACUGACAAUAGUUCUGCCACAUAUGCCAGAAAGCUAUUUGCGAGAAUGUUGGUAUCCAAAACGAUAUCUCAGCCUCAUGUUGUCUGGGAAGCUACUUGGGAGUAUCUCACCGAAGAUAUCCUUUACAAGAAGCGCCGAGAAACUGGACGACCUGAUAUAAACUUGAGCAUAGAGCAGAUAAAAAAUAUUGCUCUUACUGAGAUCGAAAAUCAUUUGCUCAGCAAUGGUCGUAGCCUCAAAAAAUGGCCUCUUAUGCCAAAGCCAGAAGAUUUUGCCUGUUACAAUGGAAAUCGCCUUAUAGAUGAUGAGCUUAAUUAUGUUGUGGAAGAUCAGCUAAAAGAAAAUGAAAGGCUUAUGGCGUUGAUAACAGAUGAGCAAAGAGCGGUAUACAACCAGAUUCUAGAUGCAGUUUUAAAUGAUACGGGUGGAGUGUUCUUUCUUUAUGGUUAUGGAGGCACAGGAAAAACUUUCGUAUACAGAGCACUCUCAUCAGCUAUCCGAUCUAGAGGUAUGAUUGUUUUAAAUACUGCAUCCAGUGGAAUUGCUGCACUGUUGUUGGAAGGAGGUAGAACCGCACAUUCGAGAUUUGGUAUUCCGAUAGAUGCAGACGAUUUCAGUACCUGCAAGAAAAUGGAACCAGGAUCAGAUCGUGCAGAAUUAGUUAAAGCGGCAAAGUUAAUUGUAUGGGAUGAGGCGCCUAUGAUGAGCAGACACUGUUUCGAGACGUUGGAUCGUAGUAUGCGUGAUAUUAUAAGAUCUUCGGAAGACAAACCGUUUGGAGGUAAAGUUGUUGUUUUUGGUGGAGAUUUCAGACAGAUUUUACCGGUUAUCGUCGGAGGUGGUAGAGCAGAGACGGUUUUGGCGGCUCUGAAUUCGUCUUAUCUUUGGGACCACUGCAAAGUUUUGAAGUUAACAAAAAACAUGAGAUUGCUCGCUGGUCUUACUGAUGAUGCAGCAAACGAGCUUCAGUCGUUUUCAAACUGGAUUUUGGAUAUUGGAGAUGGAAAAAUAAAUUUGCCCAACGACGGUCAAGUUGAGAUUGAUAUCCCUUCUGAUUUGCUGAUAGAAAAUGUUGGAGGAGAUCCUAUUGAUACUAUGGCAAAAGAGUUGCCAGGUGAAGAAAAGGUUUAUCUUAGCUCGGACAGUAUUAUCCCAUCCGAUGUUGACAUACAAGAAAAUGUAGUAUAUCCUGCAGAAUUUUUGAACAGUGUUAAAGUGGCUGGACUGCCUAGACAUUGUUUGAAGCUCAAGGUGGGUGCUCCUAUUAUGUGUCUCCGUAAUAUUGAUGUUGCAGAUGGCUUAUGUAAUGGUACUAGGCUAAUUGUUACUCAGUUACUGCCCCAUGUGAUUGAAGCUAGAGUUAUAACGGGAAAUAAUAUUUCUGGAGACAAGGUUUGGAUCUCUAGAAUGUUUGUCACGCCACCUGACGCAAAGUUUCCCUUCAGAAUGCGUCGAAGACAGUUUCCGGUUACAUUGGCUUUUGCGAUGACCAUCAACAAAAGUCAAGGUCAAACACUGGAAAGAGUUGGUUUGUUCUUACCUAGGCCAGUAUUCUCUCAUGGUCAGCUCUAUGUUGCACUUUCAAGAGUUAAGUCAAGAUCGGGAUUAAAAAUCCUAAUAACUGGUAAAGAUUCAAAGCCGCAGACGAAAACAUUGAAUGUUGUCUACAAACAAGUUUUUCAAAAUAUUCCGUAA